AUGAUUCUUCCCCUGCAGGUGAUCCUGAGGCCGAACCCCCCUCAGUCAGAACCAGGCUGGCACCGGACAGAGAUCCCUCUCAGGAGCUGCGGACUCUAUCCGAGCCGUGAGUUCGGAGCGGUCCACGGGACGAAGCAGCUCGGUCCGGAGCGAACAGGCUGGGUCAUUGUUUCCUGCUGGAGGAGGUUCUCCGUCUGCACGAGCUCGUGUCACAUCCGCCUCAGAAGGUCCAGAGAAACCCCGACCCAGAGGAGUCACGUGACACCACCAUCAUCAUCAGGAGACCCCUUCUGGUCCCAGCAGGGACCAUGGUGGACAGAGACCCUGGUGGACAGAGACCUUGGUGGACAUGGAACCUGGUGGACAGGGACCAUGGUGGACAGAGACCCUGGUGAACAGAGACCUUGGUGGACAUGGAACCUGGUGGACAAGGACCCUGGUGGACAGAGACCCUGGUGGACAGAGAUCCUGGUGGACAUGGACCCUGGUGGACAGGGACCCUUGUGGACAGAGACCCUGGUGGACAUGGACCCUGCAGCCGAAUGUCCCAGCUGGGUGAAGCUGACACCCCACCUGAAUGUGCCUCAUGUCCCUCAGUCCUCCGCUCUAUCUGUGGCCUCCAGAGACGCGCACCGCUGCGUCAGCGGAUUCCACCACAAAUCAUCACUCAGCAUGAAGUAUGACAACCUGACUGUAAACCACAAGAAGCUGGAGUUCAAUAGUUCAAAAUUUGAUGGUAACAUCUACAAGUUUUUGAGAAGAAGAAGACGGACUCAGCUCUCCUCCUGCUGUGAGACAAACAUGGUGAAAAUACUUCUCACGCUUCUGCUGCUCAUAUUACUCACAGCUGUGUGCUCGCUGAGACCAAAGGUGGUAUACAAAAAGGCAGGCGAGAUGGUGGUUCUGCACUGCCCUGUGUGUACUGAAGGCACACCUUUAUGGACCGGUGACACAUUGACUCAGACCAACAACAGGUCCGAAUCAGCUGAUCCGAGUCAUAUGGGCGUGUUGAUUCAUGGACAGAGCCUUGUGAUUCUCAACGUUUCUGUGAACCAUCGGGGGAAAUACUCGUGUUCUCUUGGGAAUGCCAGCAGCCCGUUCUGGUUCCAGCUGAGAGUGUACACCACCCACUGCAGCGAGUAUGAAAAGAGGAGUCGGUACCUCACAACUUGUUACACUCAGGAGCCCUGCAGGUUGUUCUGUCCUGCCAAGAACAUCCCGGCUGAAGACACACCCAACAUCACCACCAAAGGCAUCACAUGGCACCAGAAGGGUGAAACAUCACCAACAAAUAGUUUCUUCUCGAGUGCGGAGGUUAAAGACAGCGGCGUCUACAUCUGCACCAGAUCUUACUUUUAUGACGCUCACAUCUACAACACCAGCUUUACGGUCGAACUUGAUGUCCAGCCAAGCAAGCAGCACGGACAAUCACUGAUUCUGUCACCAAAGCCAAACGACGUAUUUCAUGUAAUUUUAGGCUCCACGGCAGUGAUACGAUGUGACACUGUCGUGUCUUCAGACUUUGACGAGGUUUUCUGGCUGAGCGAGACGUCAUUUGUGGAAAUGGACGACAGCUUCCCGGUGUUCUACAACUAUUCCAGGACAAAAACCUCAGCUGAAACGAAAAUGACGGCAUCUUUGGUGUUCAGAAAAGUGUCCGAAGAAGAUCUGCUGAAGAACUACACCUGCAAGCUGGAAUCAAACCAUCAACCCUCCACCUCUGUCACAGUCACAAUCAGGCGAAAAGGUUGA